GCCACUGUGCGCCGCAGUCAGUUUCCUGGAUCCGAGGAGGGGCACUCACAGUGGAAGGCAGCUUUGAAGCAGCAGCAGGAGAUGCGAGUCAAGCCUAUCCUGGCAAAAGCUGGUUGGGGAUCGGAGGCCAUCGCGCGGGUCACAACGCUGUUGUCCAUGGACGGAUCUCGUGAGGACAAAGACAUGCAGGUACUUGAGGAUGCGACUUGCCUGGUGUUCUUGCAAACGGAUCUACCGUCUAUGAAGAUCGAAGAUCACGGAAAGCUCGUGGAUCUCCUGCACAAGACAUGGGUGAAGAUGAGCCCGUGUGCGCGAAGCAAAGCCAUCCACCUCGAGUAUGAUGCACCAAUGCUGCACUGCUUGAUCGAAGCCAUCGCACGUGACUCUACCCCAUCUUCGCCACAGACACCGAUGGUGGCCCCACGUUUUACAAAGGCUUGCGCCGACCUCCUGCGCAAGAGUUGGAGCGAGUUGCCGGAGACAUUUACCAAGGAGGUUUUCGAACGCGUCCUAGCAGAGGACAAGGAGGUAUAUGAGCUCCUGUCCCAUCCAGUCGUCAAGGAGUUCCAGAACAUGCGCAAGGUGAUUAGUAGGUUUUUGGGGCUUCUGGAGCCAGAAGCCAUGCCACAAUUCGAGAAACUGGCCCAUGCUUUGGCUGUGGCCGGUCAUUGUGGAGGAUUGCGGCUGUCGCACAUCGCAGCCAUGAAGAGAGCCGUGGUCCGUGUGGUCACGAGCAGCUGGACUGAAUGCAGCUGA